GUCAGCUGACAUUGGCGGUUGUUUUGUGUGUGGUCAUCCAGCAAUGGAGAAUCUUCCGAACCCGUCAGAGAAUUCACCACAAACUCUCCUCCACUUAUGUUCCGAGCAGAUUGACAUGCACAACAUGCGUGGCAAGCAUAGGCGUAUGCAUUCUGAGGGAUCCGCUCGCUUCAAUUCGUCGCCUUCUUGCGAUUCUCUAACAGCCAGCAAAGCAAAUGCAGACUGGAUAUCACAGUCUGGAGUCAGACGGCGAAAGUUUCCUGAAUUCUGUUUGUUCAGUGAUUCCUCAAGCCAGUCGACCACCAGCACCUGCACCGCUCAACAGCCUUGGGAUAUAAAUUCUUCAGUUACGGACUUAAAGUCACUCAGCGUUUCUAAAAAAAGCCAUUCGCCUUUGUCAGCUCAUCGUCGUUCUGCUAGUUAUGGUGGUGACUACUUCACAUUUGCAGCUCAUGAGAUUGGGGAAGCUGCCAGUAGAGCCGUGGAACAUGCCGAAGAAUUGGUUAUACACCUGUGGAAACAGGGUUGGAAAGUAGUUCACCAUCACAGUUUGCCCCACUGGUUAAAAGAUAAUGACUUCCUUUUACGCGGUCAUCGACCUCAACUACCCUCAUUUCGUGAAUGCUUCCGUUCAAUGUUUCGUGUCCAUACAGAAACAGGGAACAUAUGGACACAUCUCAUAGGUUUUAUAUGCUUCCUUAUCUUAAGUAUCUCAUUCCUUGUGCGCCCUGGCUUGGAUAUUCACUGGCAAGAGAAAAUGGUUGUCCAAGUGUUUUUUGUGAGCGCCAUUCUGGCGCUUGGUUUUUCAUGGUUAUUUCAUACUGUUUAUUGUCACUCGGAGCGUGUCGGUAGAUUGUUUAAUAAAUUGGAUUAUAUGGGGAUUGCUUUACUUGUUAUCGGGUCAUUUGUACCUUGGAUUCAUUAUUCCUUCUAUUGUCAUAAACAGUUCAAAUUUGUUUAUAUUACGGCUGUGCUCAUACUUGGUUCAGUUUGCGCCUUUGUUUGUACACAAGAUUAUUUUCUGACUCCAGCUUAUCGUGUAGCCAGAGCAUUGUUAUUUAUUUCACUUGGUUUAUCGGGUGUAAUUCCGUGUACCCACUACAUAUUGAUGGAAGGCUUUUGGGAAGGUGUCAGUUAUUCUGCUCUUGGUUGGCUAGUUCUUAUGGCUGUACUUUACAUAUCAGGAGCUGCGAUCUAUGCUUUACGUAUUCCCGAACGACUUUAUCCUGGAAAAUUUGAUAUUUGGUUCCAAAGUCAUCAAAUCUUCCAUGUAUUUGUUGUUCUGGCUGCCUUAGUCCAUUUAAAUGGUAUUUUGGAGAUUGCUCAAUAUCGACUAACCAAAGGUGCUUGCAAUAAUCGAUAAUUACUUGUAAAUAUGCCGAAUUAUUUUCUCUUCCUUUGUAUUUCACUCUUCUGCGUAUAUCUGUGUUUAUUAUUAUUAUUAUUAUUAUUAUUAUUAUUAUUAUUAUUAUUAGCAGUAGUAGUAGUAGUAUUUUUCAGAAAAAUUGUUAUUGUCAUUUCACUCAGCCACCAAAUACUACUAAAAAACUGUCGAAAAAUUGCAGUCAGGGCUGUCUACAGAACUGUGUAGACUUAUAAUUAUUAUUGUACCAAUAUGACUAGUAAUUAAAUGCACAAUGUGUUCUUCGUUUAAACAGUAUCACCAUCUAUCAGACUGUUUUCAGUCUUACUUUCUGGAGGAGAAAAACUGUGCUCUGUACAACUUGAUACAUAGAUUUCCCCGAUUUUGUUAUCUUCUGAUAUCCCUGUGUAUGUGUGUGUGUGUAUGUAUGCGUGCGUGCGUGCGUGCGUGCGGAUCUGUAAAUGCACAGAACAUUUUAUUCUGUUCACAAAAAGGCAAAGCUCAUUUCCUUUUAUACACUGAAUAGUCUUUUUCCCUUAUCAAGCGAUCUUUUUCAUCGUGAGGACAUUUUGUGUACACCGACAAUCUGAUUAGUGCUUAUGAAUAUUAUUCUACUUUCAAUUUCAUGCUGUUAAUUGAGUAGUGGUUUCUUCCAUUGUUAUUGUAUUGUUAUUAAUAAUUUACCUCAUUGUUAUGCACACGCAGAUAUGGUUGUUUUGUUUUACAGCAACAGUGUGUAUACGCGCGACCAGCUGUGUGUGUGUGCGUGUGUGUCUGUUUGAAUUGCUGCUCUUAUCGCGUCUAUCAAGCGACAAGCACCAUUAGCCAUGAGUGACAGUAGACAGUUUUUCACUGAUGGAUUAUGUAUUUUUGUCUUUCUUCUACUCAAUAAGAAGGACUGGAAAAUAGAUGAAACUAGUACUUCAUUUAUACACUCUCCUCUGUGUUUACCGUUUUAUUGUAUCCAAGCCGCCACUUGUUUGCUUUUCUUUUCAAAGAAUAUGCACCUACACAUGUUAUUAUUUUUCAAGGUGAAGUGGAAUGUUCACCGCCAGCCAUUAUUAUUAUUAUUUUGUGGUUUACCAAUCGUUGGAUUACGUUUCUUUCCCUUCGUUUUGACAUAUGUUUCUUGUUGCUUUGUAAACUGUGCACUGUUAAUUGGUUAUGCUUGUAGCUGGUAUGCACAAAGUUUCUGUUUUUUCUCUCUUCUCUUCGUUUCUUUUCUCUUCCUCUUUUAUCUGAUGCUAAAAAUGAGCGUAAAUACAUUGAGAUAACGAGAUAAUUUUUUGUAUUGAUACAAAUUGUUUUCAGAUUUGUAUAAUUAUGUCAAGAAAUCAGUUUCACUUCAUAUCAGUUAUCUUAACUUAUUGGUUUUUGUAUUGUAAAAUUGUGAGUAAAUAUUUGAAAAGUUUAUGAAAUGGAUGAAUAAUUUAUGUUCUUUAUCAGUUGGUUAUAUUUUAUGGUUGAUCAUCUGACAUGACUGAAAAUCAGUCACAAUGGCGUAGAUGUAUUCACUCCUUGACUGACGUCUUCUAAAGCUUCAGUAUUCGCGUUAACCUUUAUCUUCAAAUUGUUUAUUCUGUAGAGGUGCUAGGUAUUUUACUAUUACAUAAUGCUUGACCAACCUUACUUAACUCGAUGUGC